AAGGGCACCGAGAGAGCCCGUGCGCCUGACGGACACCGAGGGCUUGAAGGAUUUAAAUUGGACUUGCCAAGCUUUACCUCAGGCGAUGGAUAUGUGAUCUGAGGUGCGUGUGGAAUGCUCCCGGCAUGAAAAGUGGUUGUGAGCUCGCGAGUUUUGUGACGGAGGACACUCUAAAGAUGCGCGAGGGAGCGCGCUCUCCAUCUCAGGACGUGCCCGCGGAGGACAAGCAGCCGAUUCCACCGGAUUCACAACAUGUCAAAGCCGCGCGCCAAGCCACCGCCAAGGCUUCCCACACUCCGUGACAAGAAAGGGCUGGCUGAGUUGCAUGAUGGGUGAGGCAGCCGUGCUGCGCGUGCGUCUGCUCUGUGUGUGUGUGUGUGUGUGCGCGUGUGUGUGUGCGAGCCUGGCGGCCCAGCGGCCGGCCGCGCUGCAGGUGGCGGUCAUCCUGGGCCAGUCGCGUCCGGCGUCGUCCUCCUCGUCCUCGUCCUCCUCGUCCUGGGAGACGGAGCUGAUGACGCGUGCGGGCCGCGUUGCCGGGGGCGACGGGCGCGUGGAGGCCCAGGUGUCGGCCGUGCGGCUGAACCGGACCGAUCCACGGAGUGUGCUCAGUGGCCUGUGCGAGGUGAUGGGCCGGCAGCCGCUGCACGGCCUAGUGUUCGGAGACGACGGGGACCAGGAGGCCCUCGCCCAGCUGCUGGACUUCGUCUCCGCCCACACGCUCAUGCCCAUCCUGGGCAUCCACGGAGGCUCCGCCAUGACCAUGGCACAGAAGAGUGUUGAUUCUGGAACAGAGCUGUGCUGA